AUGGUGCCACCGCGACCGUCCGCAGCCGCCGAAGAGCGGCAGAGAAAGCUCCAGGAGUACCUAGCAGCCAAGGGAAAACUGAAGUGCCAAAAUACCAAGCCUUAUCUAAAAGCCAAGAAUAAUUGUCUGAAUCCUCUACCUUCUAAAUCUAAUAUUAUACCCAAAAAGGAUGUUAUCAAUCGUGUUGCUUUGCCUAUCAAAGCUACAAGACCCAUCAGCAUUAAACUCCAACCCAGACCUGCCAAUAUCACAGAAUCCCAAAAGCCAAAGUUGGAGGCAUCAAAACUUCAGGGCAAAAGGCUGACCUCAGGAUGUGUUUCUUUUAACUCAAACUGUAAGCCUUCCAGCAAUAGUCAACAACAGCAUAAAGCUGGAUCAUCCACUAUUGGAGAACUAUCUAGAAAAACUGUGGGGUCAUUUAAUAUACAAGAAUUGAAAACUGCAAAGCAGCAAGUAGCAGAUCAAAGAAAUACUAAAUGUGCAGACUCUGUGGACAAUAACCAUGUUGAAAAUGAACCCUUGGAUAGCUGUCUAAAAGAGAUGAACAAAGAGAACUUGCCCCAAACCUUAUCAGACUCUGAAAGGAAGCCAAAUCCUGAAUUAUGGACAAUAGGUAAGCCAAAGACUAACACUUAUAAUCAAGUCAAGAGCAGUUUGCCUCCUAAACAAGCCUUGGGCAAAAGUUCAGGGAAUAGUGCUAUUCUGAAAGGCAGAGUUAAUAAACAAUUUGUUGGAAAAACACAAAUUAGGAUACCACCAAUAAAGUCACAGCAACUCUCUCGAGGAACAAAUCUUGCAAGACCAGGAGAAAAACUCCCAAAGACAGUUCCCUCUCCCAAUGUUCAGACCCUUAGUAGGAAUCAGGCAUCAAAGAAACCAGUGGUCAAGGACAUAAAGGAUAUAAAGGUUAAUAGGGAUAAAUAUGAAAGACCAAAUGAAACUAAGUUACAGUCACACACUGUCACUGAACAGAAAGUAAAACAAACCAAACCCUGGACAUGCCCCAAUGUGAUUCAGGGGGGCUUUAAUAACAGACAUCCAAACAUUAAGCAAGAUCAGAAAUCCACUCAACCUUGUUUUAGAACUCGGACAUCAUGUGCACUGCAAAAAUCAAAAGCCAUAAGCCAAAGGCCUAAUUUGGCAGUUGGCAAUUCUAAUUCAGUCAUUCCAAGCACCUCUAACAUAAUAGCAAAUGGAACCAACGGUAGUAAAUGCAGCAACAGCUAUCAACAAAAAGCACAGACUUUGGACUCCAAGUUGAAAAAGACUCUUCCCCAGAACCAUUUUCUUAAUAAGACAGCUCCCAAAACUCAAGCUGGUAACAAAACCAUAAAUGGAAGAAGAGUCCCAAAUGGGACCCAGACUAAUCCAAAUAUUAAGAAGAAGAUCACAGCAGAGGAUCGAAGGAAACAACUGGAAGAAUGGCAGAAAUCCAAGGGGAAAAUCUAUAAACGGCCUCCUAUGGAACUUAAAACAAAAAGAAAAAUAAUAGAGGAAAUGAAUAUUUCAUUCUGGAAGAGUAUGGAAGAAGAAGAUAAAGAAAAGAAAGCACAACUUGAACUGUCCAAUAAAAUUAACAACACUCUAACACAAUGUCUGCAGCUCAUUGAGGAGGGUGUACCUUCUAAUGCAAUAUUUACCAUAUUGUCCAGUAUUCCUGAGGUCGAAAAAUUUGCUAAAUUCUGGAUCUGUAAAGCAAAGUUGUUGGCAAGUAAAGGCACCUUUGAUGUUAUUGGGCUGUACGAAGAGGCCAUUAGAAACGGGGCAACACCAAUACAAGAGUUACGGGAAGUUGUUCUUAAUAUUUUGCAAGACCCAAACAGAACGACAGAAGGAGUUACCUCUGACUCUUCAGUUGCUGAGACAAAUAUAACAGCAACAGAAAAACUGGCCAAUAAGACGGAAUCUGAAAAGUCUUGUCUUUCUCUGAAAGAGGGAGAACAGGUUAUAGCAACACCCCAAAUAACCAAGGCAGAACAGGAUAAUCAUCCUGGUAUCAAAUUACAGAUUGCCCCAAUCCCUAGAAUAAGUGGAAUGCCAGAAGUACAAGACAUGAAGCUCAUCACCCCUGUGCGGCGUUCAGCAAGGAUUGAGCGAGCUGUGUCCCGCUACCCAGAAAUGCUGCAGGGACACGAUUUAGUAGUGGCUUCUCUUAACGAGCUGUUAGAAGUGGAAGAAACAGAGUGUUUUAUAUUCCGUAAAAAUGAGGCUUUGCCUGUAACAUUAGGGUUUAAAAUCCUCGAGUCAUAA